AUGGCCUCUCCAUUUGACGUCCCGUUUGAUGAGCUUCCAAACCCCAAGCAAGUAUGGCUGGGAAAGCCUGGGAGUUAUGAAGAGGGACUAGGGAAACUAGCUAUUCUCACACCCGACAUUGUCGCAGCAGCAUCUGCCAGCGAGAUCAAAUGUGGUCGUCGAGUUACGAUGGGAUGGGAAAUGACGAAGCUGGACUAUCCUAAUCUCAAUCGCCAGCCAUGUCAUCAUAGCAUCGUGCCUCUACUUGGAGGCAUAGCAUUUGACGAUGUUUAUACCAUGAAUCCCCAGCAAAGUAGCCAGUGGGAUGGUCUUCGCCAUUUCUCUCAGACUGUACCUGGUCAAUCCGAGCGUGUGUUCUACGGAGGAACGACAGCUGAGGAGAUCAAUGAUCGCCAAAAUGACCGAAUUGGCCUUCAACACUGGGCUAAGGAGGGCAUCGCAGGACGUGGAGUCUUGAUCGACUACGCAAGUUGGGCCGAGAAGAAAGGAAUCAAAUAUUCCACAUUCUCGACCCAUCAAGUGCGCUUCGCGGACAUUCUUGAGAUCGCCCGUGAGAACAACAUCACAUUCAAAAAGGGUGAUAUUCUGUUCGUUCGCGUAGGCGUGACCAAGGAGUGGGACACAUCCAUGACAGAUGCCCAAAAACAAGCUUACUCGGAUAACUCCAGCCCCGAGCAUGCCGGAGUCGAGGCCACAACGGAAGUCCUCCGAUGGCUCUGGGAUACGGGGUUUUCCGCGAUCGCUAGUGAUGCAAUCAGUUGGGAGGUUUACCCACCUCAGUCCCCUGACAUUUUCCUCCACGAGUAUGUACUUGCUGGAUGGGGAAUGCCGAUCGGAGAACUGUUCGAUCUCGAGGCGUUGGCGCGCACAUGCCAGGAACUCCAGCGGUGGAGCUUCUUCGUGGCCUCUGUGCCUUUGAAUAUGCCCGGCGGAGUUUCUUCGCCUCCGAACGUGAUGGCCAUUUUCUAA